CUUCAGCGUUACCGGUCCUUCGUGCUGCACAUGCGCAGAGAUCUGCUGAGUGGCACGCGCGUGGAGGAAGUGCAGUGACAGAUCUUCGGCAGCCUCCCGCGUCUCCUCCGCUGCUCCUCACAUUACGCUUUUUUUAGACCCGAAAAUGUCGUGGCUUUUCGGCCUGAAUAGGGGACAACCGGAGCCUCCUCCUGGUCUGCCUGUUCCGCCGCCACCGCCACCGCCUGCCGGUGGGUCCAGUGGCGGUGGUGAUAAACCCAAGGACAAAUGGAGCAACUUCGACCCCACCGGGCUCGAGAGGGCUGCUCAGGCGGCAAAGGACCUCGACAAGUCCCGACAUGCCAAAGAAGCUCUGGAUUUGGCUCGCAUGCAGGAGCAGAGCACGCAGAUGGAGCAUCAGAGCAAAAUUAAGGAGUAUGAAGCAGCAGUGGAGCAGCUAAAAGGCGACCAGAUACGAGUUCAGGGAGAGGAGAGGAGAAAAACUCUGAAUGAGGAGACAAAGCAACAUCAAGCUAGAGCUCAGUACCAGGACAAGCUGGCCAGGCAGCGCUAUGAGGACCAACUGAGACAGCAGCAAAUGCUGAAUGACGACAACUUGCGCAAACAGGAAGAGUCCGUUCAGAAACAGGAAGCCAUGAGGAAAGCGACCAUCGAACACGAGAUGGAGCUCAGGCACAAGAAUGAGAUGCUGCGUAUCGAGGCUGAGUCCAAGGCACGAGCCCGUGUGGAGCGAGAGAACGCAGACAUCAUACGCGAGCAAAUCCGCCUGAAAGCCGCCGAGCACCGACAGACGGUCUUGGAGUCUAUCAAGACAGCAGGUGCCGUGUUUGGAGAAGGAUUCAGAACAUUUGUGUCCGACUGGGACAAAGUCACUGCUACAGUCGCUGGACUGACUCUUUUAGCGGUAGGCGUGUAUUCAGCCCGCAGUGCCACCGGAGUGGCAGGCCGUUACAUCGAGGCCAGGUUGGGGAAGCCGUCUUUGGUGCGAGAGACGUCCAGGUUCACCGUGGGGGAAGCAAUAAAGCAUCCGGUCAAGACUGCAAAACGGCUGAGGAGCAAACCACAAGAUGCCCUGGAAGGAGUUGUGCUUAAUCCUACCCUGGAGGAGCGUGUGCGCGAUGUUGCCAUAGCAACAAGAAACACCAGGCAGAACAACGGCCUGUACAGGAACAUCCUGAUGUACGGCCCUCCAGGCACGGGCAAGACACUGUUUGCCAAGAAGCUGGCAAUGCAUUCUGGGAUGGACUACGCCAUUAUGACCGGAGGCGAUGUAGCACCCAUGGGCCGCGACGGCGUGACCGCCAUGCACAAAGUCUUUGACUGGGCCAACACGAGCCGACGCGGAUUGCUGUUAUUUGUUGAUGAAGCUGACGCAUUCCUUCGCAAGAGAUCCACUGAGAAAAUCAGUGAAGACCUCCGAGCCACUUUGAACGCCUUCUUGUAUCGCACUGGAGAACAGAGCAAAAGGUUCAUGCUGGUGCUGGCCAGUAACCAACCCGAGCAGUUUGACUGGGCCAUCAACGACCGAAUCGAUGAAAUAGUCAACUUCGCUCUGCCAGGUCUGGAGGAGAGAGAGAGGCUGGUGCGCUUGUACUUUGACAGAUAUGUGCUGGAACCCGCCACCGGAGGGAGGCAGAGGAUGAAGUUGGCGCAGUUCGAUUACGGUAAAAAGUGCUCCGAGAUAGCCAAGCGAGCGGAAGGCAUGUCUGGCAGAGAGAUCUCCAAAUUGGGCGUGGCCUGGCAGGCAGCAGCUUAUUCCUCUGAAGACGGUGUUCUGACGGAGGCCAUGAUUGAUGCUCGUGUGGAUGACGCUGUCAAGCAGCACCGGCAGAAGAUGGACUGGCUGCACGCCGAAGAGGACGCUCAGACCAAGACUCUCACACCUCCGCCAGCAGGGGGCGUCGGCAGCAAAAAAACAGGCUUCAAUCUGCCCUUCGGUGAGACGCCUCAGGUCAUCUCGCCGCCUCACCAGGGGGGCGCUGGAGCUCAGCAGAGGACAGCACAGCCUCACAGUUCUGCCCCAGCUGGAGCAGAUUGCGAAGACGACCAGCCCACUGCUGGCAGUAAAGGUGGCGUGGACAAGGCCAGCUCUCCAAAAGAUGGAACUCCCGUUUGAGUCGUAAAUUAGAGAUAAGAAUCUUGAUCGAGUCAGUCAUCGUCUUGUAGACACGUUGGACUCACUGACAGGUUCUUCGAUUACUUUGUGGGAGUUAACUAACCGCGUCUGUAACAACGGCAUAUAAAAGGUGCACAUUGGAGACGUGAAUGAUUAAACAGAUGUUUUGUUUUAUAA